AUGCUUCUCUCUCUAUCCAGUGCAGUAACCAUCGCGUUGACAUUGACUUCUGUCAUCGCUGGAGCCAUAGAGCCGAACCAGAGUUUGGCCAUGGAUCCAGCUAACUACAAGAACACCACCGUUUCGCGUGGGAUCACUUACGGUUAUUAUUUCUCUCCUCCGACUACGAAUAAAUUUUUGGUUUUCUUGCAUGGCUGGCCCGGUCAUUCUUUUGACUGGCGCUUCCAGGUAGAAUAUUUCCAGAAAGCAGGUUAUGGGAUUGUUGUACCAGAUAUGCUUGGUUAUGGAGGGACGGACAAACCCACGGAUCCAGAGGUAUACAAGUCGAGUUUGAUCAGCCGGGACAUUGUCGACAUUCUGGAUGCUGAAUCGAUCGGAAAAGAUGUUGUACUUGUCGGACAUGACUGGGGCUCAAAAAUUACUGCCAGAAUUGCCAACUACUUUCCCGAUCGGUUUUCUGCAUUUGGUUUCUUUGCGGUAGGAAACCUGGCCGUCGAGUUCUUCGCAAUACCUUAUCCGCAAUCAAAUAACCUCACGAAAACUGUCUUUGGAUACGAACUAUUCGGAUAUUGGGAUUUCUUGUCACGACCUGGUUCAGAAGACUUGAUUGAAGGCCAUUUAGAGUCAAUGCUUAGCCUCGUGCAUGCGAAGGACCCGUUAUUAGGGAUGACGGAUUUCGCUCCCUUGGGCGCGUUAGAAGCAUGGCUGAAAGCGGAUAGAAAGGCACCGUCGACUGUAUCCACACCCGAGGAAGAGAAACGCUACGUGGAACUCUUCAGCAUUCCUGGCGUGGUCAAUGCUUCCUUGGCAUGGUACAAAGUGCUCACGUCCGGUAUCGAAGCUAAAGACAAUGAGGGCGUUCCGCAAGAGAAUAAGAUUGUGACCAAACCAGUGUUCUUUGGUGCUGCAUUGGCCGACUUUGUUGCGGUUGCCCCGAUAAACAUCCAGGAGACGUUACAAACCAGCACCAAUUCUACCAUCCAUAUGUAUCCUAGUGGACAUUGGGUGCAUUGGGAAUCGAAGGACCAGGUUAAUUCUGAUCUCCAUGCGUGGAUUAAAGGAUUGCCAGAGUGA